AAUGGAUCACAGAUCGCUGCUUUUUUUCUGCUGAAGACCAAACGGAAGGAUCGGGAGAAAAAUGGAGCGCCUGCGGUUUAGGUGUUUUUUUGUUCUGCUGCAGGUCUGUGUUUUGUGUUCAGCCGAUGCAUCAGGUAAAAAAUGGAACAAACUUCGAGAGCAAGUUUCCAAUGCUGUUAAAGGAUACACUGCAUGCAACCCUGUCAACUGCAGCUGUCAUCUAAGUGUCCUACAGCACGAUUUACUUCCUUUUAAAGAGGGAAUAUCUGAGGACGACAUGGCUGCCACUGUUAAAAGAGGGGUGGGAACUCACUAUCAGGUCAUUGGACACAAGUUGUACAGAGAGAACAACUGUAUGUUUCCUGCCAGGUGUAGCGGGGUGGAGCAUUUCAUCCUGGAAGUGAUUGACAGGUUGCCUGACUUGGAAAUGGUGGUAAAUGUUCGGGAUUAUCCUCAGGUCCCCAGCUGGGUGCAGCCGAUGCUGCCUGUUUUUUCUUUCAGUAAGACGGCAGAUUACCAUGACAUCAUGUACCCAGCGUGGACGUUUUGGGAAGGAGGACCUGCUGUGUGGCCGAUAUACCCCACUGGACUGGGAAGAUGGGAUCUGAUGAGAGAAGACCUUCAAAAGUCUGCAGCACAGUGGCCGUGGAAUAAGAAAGUGUCCAAAGCGUUCUUCAGAGGCUCACGAACCAGUGCAGAGCGUGACCCGCUGAUUCUCCUGUCCAGAGACGAUCCACAGCUGGUGGAUGCAGAAUACACAAAGAACCAGGCUUGGAAAUCGGAGAAGGAUACAUUAGGGAGACCCCCAGCCAAAGAAAUCCCACUGGUGGACCACUGCAAAUACAAAUAUUUGUUCAACUUCCGUGGAGUGGCAGCGAGUUUUCGUUUGAAACACCUUUUCCUGUGUGGUUCCUUGGUGUUUCAUGUUGGGGAUGAAUGGCAGGAAUUUUUCUACUCCCAGCUCAAGCCCUGGGUCCACUACAUACCAGUCAAACAGGACCUCUCUGAUGUCAGGGACCUGCUCCUGUUUGUCAAAGAGAAUGAUGCUAUCGCACAAGAGAUCACCACAAGGGGUGAAGAAUUCAUCCUCAACCACCUGCAAAUGCAAGAUAUUUACUGCUACUGGGAGAGACUUCUGACAGAGUUUAGUAAACUUCUUACCUACAAACCCAAAAGAAGGAAUGACUACAGCCAGAUUAUUCACAAACUGAGCAAAACUGAGCUAUAAGACACACUCUUUGGCUCUAUGGCAGCUGGAACAAACAGAAACUCCGUAUAAAUUAAUGUCUUUACUGCACACCAGCAUCAGUCCAGCUGCUAAACCUACUGAUUUUCAUCCUCAUGUGGAGUGAGAUUUUUUUGAUUACUGUAGGCUGUGCAACUAAAUGCAGUGAUGGUUACAAGACAUUUCACAGUAGUUUGUAAAAGGGACAAAGUUACAAGACCAUCCUUUAUAAAUGGUUAUAUGUGA